GGCGCAGCUCUGUGAAACCGACGGCUCGUGAGGUGAAUUUAGCGGAAACGCCGCUUCUGGAGUGAAGAACCCGGAGGAGCAGAGCAUCGGAACCGCCGGGCAGCCAUGCCACUGGUGAAGCGGAGCAUUGAGCCCAGGCACCUGUGUCGAGGAGCGCUGCCUGAAGGUGUGACCAGUGAGCUGGAGUGUGUGACCAACAGCACUCUUGCAGCCAUCAUCAAACAACUGGGGGGACUCAGUAGACAUGCGGAGGACAUCUUUGGAGAGCUGUUCAAUGAAGCGAACAGUUUCUACAUGCGUAUGAACAGCCUGCAGGAGAAAGUGGAUCUGCUGGCAGUUAAAGUCACACAACUCGACUCCACUGUGGAAGAAGUGUCUCUGCAGGACAUCAACAUGAGAAAGGCGUUCAAGAGCUCCACCAUCCAGGACCAGCAGGUGGUCUCCAGAAACUCCAUCCUGAACUCCGUGAUGGAGAUGUACCAGCGCUGCGACAAGCCACCUCCCCUCAACAUCCUCACUCCGUACAGAGAUGACAAGAAGGACGGCCUCAAGUUCUACACAGAUCCCUCGUACUUCUUUAACCUGUGGAAGGAGAAAAUGCUGCAGGCCACAGAGAACAAGAGGAAGGAAAAGAGAAGGCAGAAGCAAGAGCAGAAACAUCUUGAAGAUCCAACUCGUGAGGUGAAGAAGGUGCGGAAGGCUCGAAACCGGCGUCAGGAGUGGAACAUGAUGGCUUACGACAAGGAGUUCCGGCCAGACACUCGCCUCACGCCGUCUCCGUACCAUGGCAUCUCGUCUGAAGGCUCCUUAUCUCCAGACAGGUCUGGAAUGUCGGAUGAACACUCCUACCCCACCAGCCCCAACCACCCUCAGGAUACAGGUGGAGCAGGAAGUGAUGGGAAGGAGACCGGCCCCACCCAGACCCAGUCACUGGACCGUGCGUAUCGACCCCCUGCCUCCACCUCCGCCAGCACACGCCAGCACUCACUGGGCCGUGUGCAGCAGCACCAUGGAGCUCCGCCCCCUGACCCCUCCCUUAAUGGCCCCCGACCUUCUGCUGCCAAAGAUUACAGUGGCCAUCAGCUGCAGGAGCAUUUUGUCCCUCCUGCUCCUCCUCCUCCUCCCCCAGUGAUCCCCUCGGCUCAGACGGCCUUUGACAGCACGGCUGUUCCUCCGGCUCUGGCCCCCGGGACGGUGUCAGCUCUGUCCCGUCCCUACAGCCCAUCUCCUCCACCUGCACCACCCUCCGCUUACGUCCCGUCUCCUUCCCACCCUGUGAGUGGUGGAGGUCCUCCGGUUGCCCCACCCCCACCACCUCCAGGACCUCCCACACACGCUCCAUCCCCAGCCAGAGCUGUUGCUCAUCCAUCCGGAGAGGGCACGCUGCCCAGGAAGGGCACGGUGCCCCUGAUACCCAUCAGCGAUGCUCGCAGCGACCUGCUGGCUGCCAUCCGCAGAGGUAUCCAGCUGCGUAAAGUCCAGGAGCAGAGAGAGCAAGAGGCCAAGAAGGAGCCAGUGGGUAACGAUGUGGCCACCAUUUUAUCUCGCCGCAUCGCUGUGGAGUACAGUGAAUCAGACGAGGACUCGGAGCCCGAGGAGAACGAGUGGUCCGACUGAGCAGAGAAACCGACCAGUCAUGUGCUGUACACACUGCUGCUAUUUCCCCACACCAGAACACACACUCUCCUCAUACAGACGGUCAGACAGACAGACAGACAGAUGGAUUUAUUACCAACUGCAGAAGAAUAAAAAAAGAGCAGGAAAAAGUACAGAGGAGACAAAGCAGGAGUGAGAGGAAGAAGGGCGUGUGCAAUAUAGAGGAAGUGAGGAACAGCAGAAGAUCAGGAUGGAGAGAAUAAGAGUGAGGGAGAGAAGAAAUUAAAAGUUUGGCUGGUUGGUGAUGUUUAUAUUGUACGUAAGCACAGAAAUCUAUCCUACAGUGUGAACUUAAAAAUACAAUAUGUGUAUUUGUUCCUUCAAAGUUGUUCAAAGUUGCCAAGAAAAUCUUUACUUGUUGUGUGAUUUUGAUUAGUUUUUGAUAUUUGUCCUGAGAAUUAUAAACAUGUAACAGUACACAGUCCUCACCAAAAAACAUACGUUUAGCAGUGAUGUAUACCGUACACUGUACAUACACACACUGUACAUACACACACGUGUGUUAGCUUUAUAUAAAGAUAAGAAGCAUGAUAGAGUACUGCUUCCACUCUCUCCAGGAUAUCCAUCUGCAUACAUGAUGCUCUGACUGUACUACUAUUAUUAUUAUUAUUAUAGACGCUGAUCUCACCUCAGCAGUCCACCUACAGAGAGAUCCGCUGUACCGUGACCCGCCCGCUGCUCUACGACACGUUCCACAGCUCUCAGUGAGCACAUAUUUCAUUUGUCACUUUGUUUAGUUGUUGACAGUAUUGUGGUGAGUAUUGAUGCAACUUAGUGACUCGUUUAUCCUUCUUAUGGAUGCUUAUGGACAUCACUGAACUGGAAAGUCAUGACCUUGUUUUUUUUUUCUUUCUUUCUGUAAUAUUAAUGAUCAAAUAUGGCAUUACGUCCUGGAGUGUGUAUAGAGAAGGCUGAGGUGUGUGUGUGUGUGUGUGUGUGUGUGUGUGUGUGUGUGUGUGUGUGUGUGUGUGUGUGUGUAGGUUGGAUGUUAGAAGAAAGUGAGCUCUUAAUGUCUAAAGUUUAUGUUGUGAUGUUUCAUGCCCCUCCAGCUGUUAGAUGUUCGUAUCUAUAACUAAAUAAUCCCACAGCUGGACUUGGCCCAGCUGGUGUUCUGUUGUGAUCCGUCAUUAUCACAUGUACUUUAUAACUACAUUACUAAUGUGUUUUACAGUUUAUUGUAUAGAUUUUUGUAACACUGCUUGGAAAAUGAAUUUGGGUAUCUACAUAUAAAAUGUCUAUUUAUCA